CCCGUCCUGUAUCGCGGUAACAUGGCAGGUCUGCAGAAGUCAGAUUCGGGUUUUGAAGAAGGACCAGGGGAUAUUGUAGAAAAGCUAAAGUAUCUACUUGAUGAGCAAUUUCAAAAGUUGGAGGAAAAAUUUUCGAGCCAGCUUCAAACCACCAAUGAAAAACUUGAUGUUCUCACGAGGCGAGUCUCAAAUAUCGAACAGUUGUUUGAUGAUGAACAGAGAAAUUUAAAUAGAGUCGUUAAACAAACUGCCAAGACCUUGACGAGUGGACCCAGCAAGCCCCGUCUAAGGAGGUUUGCUGCGGUUUGUUGUAGUGAAGAUUCUCUAUACAGUAGCAGUAGCAGUGAUGGAUCCUUCCACAUACCAAUUGAAGAUCUUCCAAGUGCAUGUGCCAAUGUAUACAAAGAGGUUCUUAUUCAAGAACAUGAAAAUAUUUUGAAAGACUUCGAUCCAAACAGUACAGAUGUCCUCGACAAGUUAAUUGCAGAUGACGCCAUUACGGCGAGCGAUGCAGAGGAAAUAAAGAGGAGGGGAGGGGGAAAGAAAGAUCAAACCAGAAGCCUUCUGUUACUGUUAGAACAGCGCGGUCACGGCCCAUUUCUCAGUUUUGUUGAUGCUUUAGAAAGUGACCACAACCAUCUUCACAAAUCGUUAAAAAGAUCAUUAAGUAUAAUGUACAAAGAGAAGAAAAAUGGACGUCUAACAUGUACUGUGUGUAAAAUUAUAGAAAACGUUCACCCACGUGAUGUCAUAGACAAAUUUUACAGCCAAAAGUUCAUACAAUCAAAGACAAUGAGAGACAUCAACCAAUGUGGGGAUCUUAGGACGGGCUGGGAACAACUGAAGCCUUAUAUUAAAAAUGUAGACGCCAUUAUGACACUAGCAGAUUCACUUUUGCCAAAGUACAAAAGUUUGUCAGAGGAGCUAAUCAAAGUUAAAGACAUGCCAAAAUUUAACUGUUUUUGUAAACGGUUAUCUGCAAAACGAAAGCGUGAAGAAUCAACCAAAAUAGAAACAGUUCCCCAAUCCCCAGUUGAACAUAGCGAUGUUUCCAUCGAACUGGGUGUAAGUAAAGUCCUAUCUGACAUAGACGUCGACGCAACUGAACGCGAACAACAACAAACUGCUUCUAUGGAAUUUGUGAGCAGAUUCAGUGAAUCCGGAUUUAGAGAAAAAUUUCAUAGACAAGCGAUAAAGAAAAGGGAAUCCAAGCUGAAAUGUGAAGAAAGCUAGACAUUGAAGAUAACCGAAUGAGCAAUAAAGAAACAAACACCCAUAAAGACAGUUUUUGAUGAAGGAUGAAAAUUUUCAAACAGAAAGUCAAUGAGAUGUUCCCCAUCAUGAUCAUAUGAUUAUUAACAUAUCAAUGGGCGAGGGGAUAUUACAACAUACAAAUAAAUACCAUAAGCUUAAAGGGGUCAUAAAAAAUAUGAUACCAAGCAAGUUUGCUGUAUUUAUACGAACCCUUACAUAUGCUUCUAUUGCAACAGAAGCUGGAAGACGGUUACAUUACCCUUUUUACUCAACAUCUGUGUAUUUCUUCAAACGUAUAAAUUGCCUUGGAUUUACAUGUAGUUUGUUCUGUUAUUUUUACAAAGUUCUUAUCUCUGCAUAUGAAAAAAAAGUAAUUCUUUUUAAAAAUUGUGUAUUUAUACGAUACUUGACGCA